AUGGAUUUUCAAUAUGAACAUGUUAGAACAACUGUAGCAGAUUGGAUUCAUCUAUAUGAGACGAUUUCACAUCCAUUAUGCAUGGAAAUGCCAGAAAGCUGGUAUUGUAUACAUGUAUGGUGGACUAUUGAUAUAGCAUUUUCAGAUUUGCCAUAUACCUUUUUAAUAAGUGGCAAAAAGGCAUGUUUGGCUUCCAGCAAAAGGAAGAAUAGGCUAAGAACAUUAAGCAAUUUAAAAAAAUGUAAUGUAAAGCAAUAG